GUUUUUUGUUUUUUUCAAUUACGUUCAGGCUUGUAUAUUUUCCACGUGGUAUAGUUGUUUAAAUAUCAAUCUUCGGGGUAUUCUGAACACUCCAUCUUGAACCCUGAAUGACCAUGUCGAGCGCUCGAACCAAGUUUGAUGAAUUAUUUCCUCCUGUUUUGGAGCUAAAUUCUCCGCCUCUUAUAUCCACUAUGCCUGUUGAAAAUAUCCCGACCCCAAGAUAUCUUCUGGGUUGGGUUAUGUCUUGGGGUGAUGCGAUGGAUCACUUUGGUAGAGGUGGAGACGAUUAUCAGAGGGACCCCUUUGGUUAUUUUAACCGGGGUGUUCUAACUCCAAACUGGAUCAAGAUAACGGAAAAUGCACCUGCCAGUAUUUUUCGAAGACAUCCUCAGCAUAUACGUUCACCACGAGUAAUCAAUUGUCCCAAGAAUGGUGCUCCCCCAGGCGAAGACUUCAUGAAGUAUGUCAUCAUUCGCAUUGCACGGAACAGCCCAAGUAAAGGAAUGAGUUUAUACGAGGAACACAAGGAAAAAAUCAUCGAAGCAGCAAUGGAAGCUAUCAAUUUUCCUGCGGAGAAGCGAGCUGAACUGAAAUGGUACAGAAUCUAAGUAGAACUUUUGACUGGUACUUGAUACUUGUGUCUUUUGUGUAAAAUGUAUAUCCGUUCCUUCAACUUGAAAUGUUCUUGGGUCUUUUAAGGAGUAUUGCCUUGCAGACGCAGCCGCAUAGUUAUCUGUGGGAUAGGAUAGGAUAGGAUAUGAAUUAUACUGGCGAGGUCCGAUUCCCGAACAACCAGUUUACCAUGUAUUGUACAAUAUUACAUAAUGUUGUACAAUAAUGGAACAC